GCGCCCGCAUCUUCCACUGCCCCGCUGGGCUUCGACCCCGCCAGCUUCCCGGACGGCGGCCGCGCGGCGUGGCUCUGCGCGCUUGGCAGCUUCUGCGCCCUCUUCUGCUCGUUCGGGUGGAUCAACGCCAUCGGCGUCUUUCAGGACUACUAUGGCACGCACCAGCUGGCGGGGUACCCAGCCAGCACGAUAGCGUGGAUCCCGUCGCUCGAGACGUUUAUGAUGUUUUUCGGGGGCCCCAUAGUAGGCAAGCUCUACGACAACCACGGCCCGCGGUAUCUGCUCCUCGUCGGCAGCAUCCUGCACGUCCUUGGCCUGAUGAUGGCCUCGCUCGCAACGCGCUACUACCAGUUCCUGCUCGCGCAGGGCGUGUGCUCGCCCAUCGGCGCGAGCAUGGUCUUCUACCCGUCCAUGUCCGCCCUCAGCACGUGGUUCUUCCGCCGCCGCGCCCUGGCCUUCGGCAUCAUGACGGCGGGGUCGUCGCUUGGCGGCGUCGUCUUCCCGCUGAUGGUAGACGAACUGGUGCGGACGGUGGGGUUUGCGUGGGCGAUGCGCGGCGCCGCCUUUCUCAUCCUCGGCCUGCUGAUCAUAGCCAACGCAACCAUAACGUCCCGCCUCCCCCCCUCCCCCAAAUCCCUCACAAUAACCGAAUACAUCCACCCCUUCACCUACCCGCCCUUCUCCCUCCUCACAACCGGCGCCUUCAUCUUCUUCCUCGGCCUCUUCCUCCCCUUCACCUUCCUCCCCGCUGAAGCCCGCGCCGCCGCCGCCAGCCCCGCCCUCAUCCGCGCCCUACUGCCCGCGCUGAACGCGGCGUCGCUGUUCGGGCGCCUGCUGCCGGGCUGGGCGGCGGACAAGGUCGGGAGGUUUAAUGUCGCUGUUGUCGUUUGCGCGUUUAGUGCUGUGACGGUGCUGGCGCUGUGGAUUCCGGCGGGCGGGACUGCGAAUACGUCAGCGUUGUUGGCAUUCGCCAUCCUCUACGGCUUCGGCUCCGGCGCAGUCGUGAGUCUCGCGCCUGCGCUGGUGGCGCAGAUCUCCGACGUGCGCGCCAUCGGGGUGCGCAGCGGGGCGUUCUUCGCGGUUGUGGCGCUGGCGGCGCUGGCGGGGAGCCCGAUUGGGGGCGCGAUUGUUGGGGGAGGAAAUGGGUUUGCGUACAUGAAGGUCUUUUGUGGUGUUGUUCAGGUGGUGGGGACGGGGUUUAUUGCGGCGGCGAGGGUGAGGCUGGGGGGCUGG